ACUCCUCAUCUCCCAUCUCAGCGCUCUCUCUCUCUUCACGUGCACACACCGCCACCGCCUGGAGCUCGGGGCGACGGCAAUGGCAAUGGCGGCGGUGGAGGAGGAGGUGAUCAUCGUGGGGGCAGGGCCGUCGGGGCUUGCUGCGGCGGCGUGCCUGUCGCUGCGCGGCGUGCGGAGCGUCGUCCUGGAGCGCGACGACUGCGUGGGCUCGCUAUGGCGGAACCGCACCUACGAUCGCGUCCGCCUCCACCUCGCCAAGCAGCACUGCGCACUGCCCCACGCGCCGCACCCCGACGAGGCCCCCACCUACCUGCCACGCGACGACUUCAUCCGGUACCUCGACGGCUACGCCGCGCGGUUCAGCGUCCGGACGCGGCUCCGGCGCGAGGUCCGCGCCGCGCGGUUCGACGAGGCGAGGGGGCGGUGGGAGGUCGAGGCCGUCGACCUCUCCACGGGGGAGGCCGAGCGGUACGUGGCCAGGUUCCUCGUCGUGGCAGCCGGGGAGAACGACGAGAAGUUCGUCCCGGAGGUGCCCGGGCUGGAGGGGUUCCCCGGCAUGGUGGUGCACGCCAGCGAGUACCGGUCGCCCGAGGGGAUGCGGGGGAAGGCCGUGCUCGUCGUCGGCUGCGGCAACUCCGGCAUGGAGAUCGCCUACGACCUCGCCGACGCCGGCGCCGUCACCUCCAUCGUCGUCCGCGGCGAGUUGCACCUGGUGACGAAGGAGAUCUGGAACGUGGCGAUGACGCUGUACCCGUACCUCCCAGUGUGGCUCAUCGACAAGCUGGUGCUGCUAAUGUGCGCCUUCGUGUUCGGCGACACUGCCCGCUACGGCCUCCGCCGCCCCGCAGUCGGGCCCUUCACCAUGAAGCUCACCACCCCCUUCUACCCCACCAUUGACGUCGGCACCUACGCCAAGAUCAGGACCGGCGAGGUCCGGGUCCUGCCCGCCUCCGUCAAGAGCGUCCAGGGCAACGUCGUCGAGUUCACCGACGGGAAGCACCACCCCUUCGACGCCAUCGUCUUCGCCACGGGGUACCGGAGCACCGUCAGGCGGUGGCUCAAGAGCGACGACGGGCUGAUCGGCGAAGACGGGAUGGCGGCGCGGAGCUACCCGGAGCACUGGAAGGGGGCGAACGGGCUGUACUGCGCGGGGAUGGUGCGGAGGGGCAUCUACGGCAGCUGCGAGGACGCGAAGCUCAUCGCCGACGACAUCAGCAAGCAGCUGCGCCCCCAUGGCAACGACAUGCCCGACGUCCACGCGGACCACGCCCAGCGCAACGGCUCCUAGAGCUAGCUGGGUAUCUUACAUCCGUCGGAUGCAGAGGCAACGGCCGUGAUCGGUGACCUCAACAACUGUCCUAUUAUUAUUAUAGUACUACUAGCUUGUGGAUGCUGCUAAUAAUAAGAAUAAAAAAAAGUAAAAGAAGGGCGGCAAGACGCUUUGUUGUCUGGAAACAAAGCUCGUUUAUGCAUGAACUAGCAAGGUGAAUAAACGUGCUUAAUUGGGCCAUGGUAAUAAUUGUGCCGUGUUGUACCAGAUAGUCCUGUGUUAAUGUAACGAGAGUAUCGGACUAAUAUAAGCAAAAGAAGAAUUAUCAAGAAAAAAUAAAGUUUAACU